AUGAUCGACGACAUGGGUUGGGACGACAUAGGUUACCAGAGCGUCGACCUCAAGGGGGUCACGCCUGUCCUCGACAAGCUUGCUGCCGGCGGGGUCAAGAUCACGAACUACUACACCAUGAAUACUUGCACCCCGGCGAGGGCGAGUCUGAUGACCGGGCGCUACACCGUGCGGUACGGUAUGCAGUACAACGUCGCCAUAAAUCCCGGAGAACCAUGGGGUGUUCCCCUCUCCGAAAAGAUGCUCCCAGAGUAUUUUAAGGAGGCCGGAUACGGGACGCAUCUGGUGGGCAAAUGGCAUCUGGGGAGCCAUAGCCCGGAACAUAUUCCCAGCCAAAGGGGUUUCGACACGUACAUGGGCUACGUGGGGGGCUUCGAGGCGUACUGGACACAUGAGACGGUUGGCGUCAUAAGCGACGGAAGGCACGUCUGCGAUUUUGGCUUCGGAAAUGCCAGCGGAUACUACGACAUCAUAGACAGACCCAGCAGCCAAGACAUCUACGGCAGCGACCAUCGCGAAGACCAGAAGGAAGCGGAGGAGAAUAGAGACGAUGGUGAUGGUGAAGGUGUGCACAGCACCACUCCCACCAAAACGCCGUGGGCAUCCUCUUUUCGCUCGAACAGCGGCGUCAUGAAAGGACAGCAGUACUCGACACAGAUGUUUCAGGAGAGGGCAAUCGAGAUCCUGGAGACGAAAUCCCCCUUCGACGAAGAGCCCAUCUACAUGCAUCUGGCCCACCAGGCGGUCCAUUCCCCGCUCGGGCUGCCCCCCGCAGACUCUUUUUCGGAGGAUGAGACGCUUCUUCUGGACGAGAUCGAGGGUAAGAUCGGCGAUGUACAGGGUGCGCAGACGCGAAGACACUUGACCGAGGUGUUGAUGUUUCUGGACAAGAGCGUCGGACAUUUGAUACACUACCUCGAGGACGAGGGUUGGAUGGAGAACUCAAUCGUGGUGGUGGCCAGUGACAACGGCGGCGACUCGAACGAGGGUGGCAGCAAUUACCCCCUUCGGGGGAAAAAAGCCUCCUACUGGGAAGGCGGCAGCAAGGUGCCCGCGUUCGUGUACUCGACAAGCCACAUCCCUGAGGCGCGACGGGGCUCGGAGUACGACGGGCUGAUGCACGUCACCGAUUGGCUGCCGACACUCGCGGCCGGGGCGGGUCUCGAAAUGUCGGGAAGCGCCGGGCCCCUAGACGGUGUCAACCAAUGGGAGCACAUCGUGGGGUCGGCGGCGGCAGUGGACGGGGGCAGGCCGCGAACUGAGCUUCUCUACAACUACGAUCCGUACCGCCUGCUGCCGAACAGCAACCACUGCUACUGCUGCUGGUGCUCCUUGUGUCAUUACAGGGUCUAUGACACGGGGUAUGCUCAAGGAGCCUUCCGGUCUGGCAAGUACAAGAUGAUGUUCAACGUUUCUUGCCAUGGGUGGUACACUUUCGACGGGGACAUGCUCGAAGAGGACCAUUUGACAGACCUCUCAAAAGUGUGCGGGGGCACGUGCAACGAUGGAGGUACAUGCAGCGACGAAGCCACCUCGGACUACCUGUUCGACCUCGAUCAAGAUCCACGAGAAUCGAACAACCUUAUCGACGAAUUGCCCGAUGUGGCCCAAGAGAUGCGUGACCGAUGGUACGAGGUCACCUUUCGGGAGUACACCGACACCGUCUUCGAACCGCUUGACCUGAAGGCAUACGAUGUAUGGGCCGAAAACAACUGGUGGAUGAUCCCGUGGCUGAACCUCGAGCCACCAGAGAUAUCCCGAAGAUAGCAUACAUUGAGCAAGUCAGAGGCUUUGGUGGUGCUGCGAAACUAUACCCCUGCUUGUGGAGGACACCUCCUCUUCGGUGCCAUCACCGAUGCCGCCAGUUUCUCCUCCAAGUAAUUGAUAGUGCUGUAUGGCGUACAUGGCGUCGACUUCAAUUUCAGGAGAGAUUUAAUCGUCGGUGUGCAGGUUAGGGUAGUCUGUGUAAGUAUUUCAAUAGUAGACCAGCUUGUCCCCUGUUUCGGCGGCUUCCUCUUCAAGAGCACAGCCCCCCUCCCCAGUAAAGACUUCAUUCAUCAUUUACGCCGCUGGAUUUGACCAGAAAAAAAUUCUCCAUUCACUGGAAGCGUUCCAACCAUCGAGAAGGCCGACCAAUCCCCUUCUCGUUGGGUGCUUGUAUGUAUACCACGUAGUCUAUCUUGAGGUUCUCAGGAGGCCAUUUUGACCAAUCGUUGUUCCAACUGGAGCUACACCUCAUCAUGGUGAAGUCUCCAUGGUACCUCAUGCGUGACGCUCGGCUAUACGAUGAUCAAAGCAUAUCACCACGACGUCCGUCAUAUGUUUUGAUCUGUUCGCCUACGGAGGAGGUACUGCAAGAGCCCAGGGCCGCAAACAUGGUAGUCGUGGCCUGAUUGGUCUUUUCGGGGCGUCUCCUUAGACUGAAAACAUGUGAUCGAAGAGUAGGUGGUUGUAUUGUGUGUAGGUACGUAGCCCAUGUGAUUGUGCUUUACCAUGAUCACUUGGCGUUGUUAGAAGUUGUGUUGUGACGUUACAAUGGCAAGAUUCAGGAGUUAUUCCGUU